AUGUCUGCGCGCGCGCUCGCUCGCACUCAAAUCCUUGCGCUCGCGGCUAACUUGCUCACCGCCGCAGCUGCCGCGAUACUCUCAAGUGGAAACGAUAUCGCUUGCACUAAAGAUGGAUUCUACGUGGACCAUGACACCGACUGCCGUGAAUACUAUCGUUGCGCGGCGGGCACGGUGCGAGGACGCUAUGCUUGCGCCCCGGGACGCGUAUUUAGUGAAGUGACUGGUUCGUGCGUUCCGCGUCGUAGCCAACUAUGCACUCGUCUUGUGUGCAGUCCGGAAGACACCUUCGCCUACGCUACGCCGGGUACAGCAUGUCGCCACUAUUAUCGAUGUAUUAAUGGCACGGCCAUCGAUCACGCUUGCCCUUCCGGUUCAUGGUUUGAUCUAGCGAGACAAGCUUGUUCCCGCGGAGCCGGUACUUGCUAUGAGCCUCUGUGCGCAGGUCUACCCGAUGGAAAAUACCCGGACUCGUCGCACGAAUGUCGCCGGACGUUGCAGUGUCGCGGUGCAGAAUUACGCUCUGCAGUCUCUUGUGGUGGAGCAUGCGUCACGACAUGUCCGCCCCCACGUGCCGCUGCUGUACCGCUACCAGCUGGCGAUGCCGAUUUUUGCUCAGACGAAGCGUGUUCUUCAUUGUGUCAAAAAGCAUCGGACGGUGCCUACGCGGAUCGUUCGACCGGAUGUCGCGAAUAUUUCGUGUGCGAGUCUCACCGUGUCAUCCGUCGAGGUGUGUGUGAAGCGGGCUUGCUGUUCUCGGGAAGCGGUUGCGAGCCAGCGACGGAAACUCACUGCCCACUCCCGGGUCGCAGUCCCUGCUUCAACCGACAAGACGGCCUUUACAGAGAUUGGAAAGAUUGUUCAUCGUGGUACGAGUGUAAUCGUGAGAGAGUCACCUCUCGAGGUUCGUGCGAAUCCGGUUUCGUAUUCGACGGUGUCGGUUGUGUCCCUAGAGAAGUAUUUUACUGUGAAAACCCCAAACGAUCAACCGAUUGCGAAGCCAUGCCUAGUGGGACCUAUCAGGACUUAGAUUCAAAUUGUACCCGAUAUUUUCACUGUGAGGGUCCCAUGCAAACGGUUUUAGCUUGUCCAUCCGGACACGUGUACGAUGGUGCAAAGUGUUCACUAGCAUCUCAGUAUCUAUGCCCGAGUCUAGACCGUGAUUCGUGCUACGGGCGAGCAGACGGUCACUAUCGAGCUGCUGAUGCGGGUUGCCGAGGAUUUUACGCAUGUGACAACGGAGAAAAGGCGGUGUACGCGUGCCCGGCGGGACGAGUUUUCGACGGCGAAUCAUGUGUUCCGAAACAUCCGUCCGUUUGUCCGAACGAAGACUACUCCUGUUCUGGUCUUGCAGAUGGUUACCAUGCAGAGCUGGAGUCGAAUUGUCAUAGGUAUUUUUACUGUGAGGGCGGAGAUCGACUUGCGACAUUAUCUUGCCUCGGGGGCAAGAUAUUCGAUGGACGUUCCUGCGUCGAGUCUGCGCAACAUGUGUGCGGCGCUCCGCGAAAGAGUACCGUAGAGAACGGUGGCAAAUAUUGUGAACGUGAUGGUUUCUAUGUGCAACAGGGAACUGAAUGUAAAAAAUACUAUUUCUGUGUUACCGGUCUGAGAACUUAUUUAACGUGUCCCACGGGGUACGUGUUUAGUGGUCAAGUGUGUGUACCCCAAGAACAUUACACCUGUCCCGGCUGAAUGUUAGUUAAUGGACGCUGACACGAGGCUAAGCCGGCGCGGACGGCAGGAAUCACUAAAGGAGACGCUGGAGAGAUAACGACGUACCUGACAUAAAGGCUGAACAGUGAGCGUGUCAUUGACACGCGUUUUAUUUAAUAUUUAUUUUUAAUUAAGUUUAUAACUGUUCACUGCCAUACUAAGAAACACAUGCACUGCAUACUAUUUUUUUAUCGCUGGAAAAACGCGUUACGCGUUUCCCCCACAGUGGAACAGUGGGGCGUAGUGGGGGUAUGUGGGGCUCGCCGGUGUCCAAAGCGCCGAGUGCGCUCCGAACAUAACCACUACAAAACCAGGGUUACCCUUUCCGUCUUAACGAGGAGCGCCACGGGAUCGCUUGCGCAUGCUACCGUGACAAAACAAUGCAUAUACCUCA